AUGCCACGAAUUCGCAGAGGGGCAAGUAAUUUUGGAAGACGUACUCGGCAAGCUCGAGCGAUCUAUGAACGAAGAUUGAAUAGGACCCAUGAACAACAUAUGAUGGACAAUAUGAAUUUGAGAGAGCAAGUAGCAAAUACACGUGCCAAUGAAAGUUUAGAGAGACGUACUCAACGACUGACAGAUAUGGCAUUAAGAAAUCGAGAGGUGCAAGGAAGUGCGACCGCCGCCAUUAGAGAAAAUAAUCAACGACGAGUUAAUAAUCACAGAGCACUGGUACGUGCAUCACUUUUGCGCCUGGCGUUUAAUUAUGAUCCUGAAAUUGAUUAUUCAUCACACUCUUUAAUUACCAUUGGUAAUAUGGACAAAGUAUGUAAACAUUGCCAUGCUCUAAAAUUCAAAGGAGAAUCAGCAGGUUUAUGUUGCGCAUCAGGGAAAAUUAUAUUGACAAAAUUAACAACACCACCGGAACCUUUAAAAACUCUACUAGAUGGAACAACGUCUCAAUCAAAAAUAUUACUGAAAAAAAUUCGCAAAUUCAAUUCAUGUUUUCAGAUGACGUCUUUUGGUGCUACGAAAGUAUUUGAAAAUGAAGAUGGUCGAAAUUUCGAAUCAACAUUUAAGAUACAAGGUCAAGUUUACCACCAAAUCGGUUCAUUGUUUCCCAUGCCUGAUGUGAAUCCGAAAUUCUUACAGAUUUAUUUUAUGGGCGAUGAUGAACGACAAACAAACAUGCGAUGCGAAUUUAAUCACAUACAGCUUAUGAAGGAAAGAGAUAUUGUAAACUCUUUGGAAAUAUUUUUUAAAAACCAUAACCAGUUGUUGCAUUUGUUUAAGACUCUUUCAAGUAGACUAGAAAACGAUGAUUACGCUAUUAUUAUUAGAGCAGACAAAGUGCCGGUUGGAGAACAUGCUGGCGCAUAUAAUGUUCCAACAGUCAAUGAAGUCGCGGUCGUAAUAGCUGGUGAUCUAUGUGAGGGGCGUGAUAUACGUAUACAACGGAGAGAUAAUACCAUGCAGAUAAUACAGGACAGUCAUCGUUCUUAUGAUGCUUUGCAGUAUCCAUUGAUAUUUUGGAAAGGUGAAGAUGGGUACCAUUUGAAUAUUAAACAAAGGGAUCCAAAUACAGGUGCAGAACUUGCCAAAAAAGUAAGUGCCAUGGACUUUUACUGCUACCGAUUAAUGAUUCGAGCUAAUGAAGAAAAUAACAUCCUUAAAUGCAGACAGCUAUUCCAUCAGUUCGUGGUCGACAUGUAUGUGAAAAUUGAGAGUGAGAGAUUGAGAUUCAUAAAGUUUAAUCAAGCCAAACUCCGCGCUGAGGAAUACAUACAUUUGCGUGAUGCAGUACUUGGUAAUGUAGAUGCAAUGAAUGAUAUUAGUCAUAUUGGUACUGCAUAUAUUCUUCCAUCUUCUUAUAUUGGAAGUCCGCGACAUAUGCAGGAGUACAUUCAAGAUGCUAUGGCUUAUGUUCGUGCAUAUGGCAGACCUGAUCUGUUCAUUACCUUUACGUGCAACCCCAAAUGGGAUGAAAUAAAAAAAUUGCUGAUGCCGGGACAAACAACGAUGGAUAGGCAUGAUAUAACUGCACGAGUUUUUAAACAGAAGUUGAAAUCAUUGAUGAAUUUGAUAACGCAUCAUUCUGUUUUUGGUGAAACACGCUGUUGGUUAUACUCAGUAGAAUGGCAGAAAAGAGGUUUACCCCAUGCACAUAUUUUGUUGUGGUUAAUUGAUAAGGUACGUUCUGUAGAGAUUGACAAUAUUAUCUCAGCAGAAAUUCCUGAUAAAAAUGUUGAUGAGGAAUUGUUCGAUAUUAUAACUACUAACAUGAUACAUGGUCCAUGCGGUACUCUCACCAUUAUGUCACCAUGCAUGGUGAAUGGAAAAUGUACAAAACAUUUUCCAAAAUCAUUUCAAAACGAUACUAUCACCGACAUUGAUGGUUACCCCGCUUAUCGGCGACGUGACGUUGACAAUGGUGGACAAUGUUUUGAAUUGCGACUGUCGAAUGGCGGGGUAAUAGAUGUUGAUAAUCGAUGGGUAGUUCCUUAUUCGCCUUUGCUAUGCAAAACCUAUAAAGCACAUAUAAAUGUCGAACUAUGCAGCUCGGUGAAGUCAAUAAAAUACAUAUGCAAAUAUGUUCAUAAAGGGAGCGACAAAGCGAUAUUUGCAAUUAAAAGUAUUAAUGAGAAUGAUGAAAUAACCCGAUAUCAAAUGGGUAGAUACGUCAGUAGCAAUGAAGCUAUUUGGCGUAUUUUUGGUUUUCCCAUACACGAAAGGAAUCCAUCUGUGGUACAUUUGGCUGUGCAUUUGGAGAACGGUCAGCGGGUAUACUUCACAGAAAACAAUAUAUUACAACAAGCUUUGACUGCUCCGAAGACCACUCUAACUGCAUUUUUUAAACUUUAUUGGGUACCUAGAAAACGAGGUAUUCCUGUUUUAGGAUUCGAAGGCAUAUAUAUGACAAACAAUUUGGGUAGAUUGUAUACUGUUCAUCCUAAGCAACGAGAAUGCUUUUAUUUACGUUUGUUGUUGAUUAAUGUUAUAGGACCAAGAUCAUUCCAAAAUUUGAGGACAGUCAAUGGAAUUUUAUAUGAAACUUUUUAUGAUGCGUGCCGUGAGUUGCACUUAUUGGAGAAUGAUAAUCAAUGGGACAUGACUCUUGCAGAUGCAGCACUGAUUUCAUCUGCACAUCAAAUUCGACAAUUAUUUGCAAUAAUAUUAACAACAUGUUUUCCAUCAGAUGCAUCUGCACUAUGGAAUACACAUAAAGACCCAAUGACACCGAGCCGAGCAGCAGUAGAUAUCAUGAACAGCGAUGUUCAACGUGAACACCAGUUUGAUAAAACUGCUUUAGCUACUUUUGUUGCUAAUAAUGAAAUAUUGCUUACUGCCGAGCAACAAAGUGUAUAUGAUCAAAUCAAUACGUCAAUUGAGGCACAGCAGGGCGGAUUCUUUUUUUUGGACGCACCCGGAGGCACUGGCAAAACAUUUAUUAUUUCACUGAUUCUUGCGCGUGUGCGGUCACAAAAUAAUAUUGCGUUGGCAAUAGCUUCAUCAGGAAUUGCAGCGACAUUACUUGAAGGAGGACGAACUGCGCAUUCGGCAUUCAAGUUACCUUUAAAUGUUCAUGUUAAUCCAGAAGCAAUGUGCAACAUAAAGAAGAAAUCAGGAAUGGCGAAAGUUUUGCGAAAAUGUAAAAUAAUCAUCUGGGAUGAAUGUACUAUGGCGCACAAACAUUCGCUUGAAGCUCUUGAUAGGUCACUGAAAGAUAUCAAAAAUAAUAAUUGUCUUUUUGGUGGCUGCCUAUUGCUACUGUCUGGCGAUUUCAGACAGACAUUGCCCAUUAUUCCACGAGCGACGCGUGCUGAUGAAAUAAAUGCCUGCUUAAAAAAGUCUUAUCUGUGGCGCCACGUGAAGAAAUUAUAUCUCAGGGUUAACAUUCGUGUUCAAUGUCUAAAUGAUGCACUGGGGUCAAAAUUUGCACAACAAUUAUUGGAUAUUGGUAAUGGCAGAAUUGAUUUUUAUGAAAAUACAGAGUACAUUCAAUUCCCUGAUAAUUUUUGUAAUAUGGUUGAUAGCAAAGCCAAACUUAUAGAAAAUAUUUUUCCAAAUUUAAAGGAUAAUCAUAAAGAUCAUAAGUGGCUACAAAACGAGCAAUUUUAG